AUGGUGGCUGGGGGAGUACAGUACGGAUGGGCGCUUCAGCUAUCGCUGCUCACUCCCUACGUCCAGGUCCAGUACAAGUACUUUACGUUAAUUAAUGUUUUUAAUGAUGAUUUAUAUUUGGUGCAGACGCUGGGACUGUCUCAUACUUUAUCUUCUUUGAUAUGGCUAUGCGGCCCUGUAGCUGGCUUUGUUGUUCAACCAUGCGUUGGUUUAUGGAGCGAUCGAUGCCGUUCAAGAUUUGGAAGGAGAAGACCAUUCAUACUCGUCGGUUGCAUCUUUAUUUGUUUUGCAGUGAUUGUAAUUGCCUUCUCUUCUGACAUUGGAUACAAGUUAGGCGAUACCAAGGAAGAUUGCAGCAUUUACCACGGCCCACGGUGGAGGGCUGCAAUAGUCUACGUCGCCGGAUUUUGGCUGCUCGAUCUAUCAAAUAAUACAGUUCAGGGUCCAACUCGAGCCCUCAUGGCUGAUCUGUCUGGGACUCAUGGAUGCAGUAAAGCAAAUGCAAUAUUUGCCUCAUGGAUGGCCAUCGGGAACAUCUUAGGCUAUUCUUCUGGUGCAAGUGGAAAGUGGCACGAGUGGUUUCCGUUCCUUUCUAACAGAGCCUGCUGUGAAGCUUGUGCAAAUUUGAAAGGAGCAUUUUUAGUUGCUGUGGUCUUUCUUCUGCUAAGUGUACUCGUGACUUCGAUUGCUGGUAGAGAAGAAGUAGCUCCAUCUACAGUAGAAGAAAGGGUUGGCAUAAUGGAAAUCUUCAGAACUAUCAAGAAUCUUCCACCAAAAAUGCCUUAUAUUCUUCUAGUCACUUCCCUCACCUGGCUGUCAUGGUUUCCAUUCAACCUCUACGAUACAGAUUGGAUGGGCCGAGAAAUAUUCCAUGGAGAUCCAAAGGGAACUCCAGCUCAGAUGAAAGCUUAUGAUAAUGGAGUCAGAGCAGGCGCAUUAGGCUUGCUCAUAAACUCUGUGGUUCUUGGAGUGACCUCAAUUUUGAUAGAGCCAUUGUGUCGAAAAUUCACAACAAGAAUAGUGUGGGUUAUGUGCAACUUCUGCAUGUUUAUAUGCAUGGCCGCCACCGCCAUCAUCAGCAGCUGGUCUGUGCACAGCUACCAUGGCAGCAUUCAUGAUGCUAUCAUCUCUCCAGACGGUAGCGUCAAGGCUGUUGCCUUGGUCGUCUUCGCGGUUCUGGGCGCUCCUUUAGCAGUUCUGUACAGCGUGCCAUUUGCAGUCACGGCACAAUUAGCUGCUAACGAAGGAGGUGGUCAAGGACUGUGUACAGGAGUACUUAAUAUAUCUAUUGUUAUACCACAGGUGGUAAUUGCACUUGGAGCUGGUCCAUGGGAUGGGAUCUUCAAGAAGGGGAACAUGCCUGCAUUUGCUGUUGCUUCAGUGUUUGCCUUCGUGUGCGGUAUUGUUGGUUUAUUUGUACUUCCCAGGCUCUCAACGAAGAACUUCAAGGCUUCUGCUAUGAGCAGUUUGCACUGA